UUGUGCACGCGCAUUCCCAAAUAUGAAUGUUUGUAAACAAAGACCCGCCGAUUUUGCAAGCCGCACGACUUACAAACGAUUUGUUUUGGAAUACACGUGAAAAUACUGUCUGUCAUGGGGAGGAAAGGUAAAAAAGCAACUGAGAAUGGGGAUGGAGAUGCCCCAGCAGCCAAGAAAGCGCGAGUGGAUGGACCAGAAAUAUCUGGAUACAUCGUUCAGUGGGAAUGGGAGGGAGAUAAAGGGACGUGGACACGGUAUGCAGAAGACAUGAAUGUGGAAAUCACUGUUGCUCACAACAGCAAAAAGAAAAUGGUGGAGUUCACUGUGGGUAAAAAUGUAGUGAUUCAGGUUAAGCUAGACAAAAUGGUACAGAAGAACAAAACAACAGGUUGGGAGAGGCGAAUCCGCUGCUGUCUGAAGGAUGGAGAUGACUUCUUCAUCUGGCAGUGGCAGGAUGAGAAAGGUGGCUGGAAUCCAUACAGUGUUGAAACCUGCAUAGAUCUAGAAAAGGCUGAUGGGAGGGGCCAAGUGGAUUUGGAGGCGUGUCACAGGUCUUACACCAUAGAUUUGGGCAAAAUGGAACAAACUAACCUAUCAACUGAUGUCAAGCGCAAAGUGGAGAGAGCUAAGUCAAACGGUGUGGCUCCAGACCCCUCAGCAUCUGGAACAGUUGUCGCAGAAGUCAAAACAGAACCUGCAAAGGUUUCAGGGAGGAAGGCUGCAGUUAAAGUAAAAGAGGAACCAAAAGAGGAGGAAGAAUCUGGGCCUUCUAAGGGGAAAGGAGCUAAAAGUGGGGGAAAGAAAGGGAAAUCUGGGAGAGAAGAGAGGGGAGAAAAAGAAAGAAUCCGCACUGUGGUGAUCUCUGGGAAAGCCCCUGUGGACCCUGAGUGUACGUCAAUGAUGGGGAAAUCCCAGGUGUACUGUGAGGGCAAUGACAUCUGGGACUGCAUGCUGAAUCAGACCAAUGUAGGAAAUAACAACAAUAAGUAUUAUCUAAUACAACUACUGAAAGAGAACAGCAAGACUGCCUAUCAUGUGUGGCAGAGAUGGGGGCGUGUUGGAUAUAGCGGACAGAACAAUCUGGUGCCUUGCGGAGCGGACCUAGACAAAGCCAAGGAUAUAUUCACCAAGAAGUUUAAAGAUAAAACCAAAAAUGAUUGGUAUCAGAGAAAGGAUUUUGAGAAAGUACCAGGAAAAUAUGACUUACUGGAUAUUGACUAUGGGGCAAAGGGUGAGGAUGAAACAGAUUUUGUUAAAAUCAAGAAGGAGAAAUCAGAUGUCAAAAUUCCAGACUCUAAGCUAGAUAAAAGACUUCAGGAUUUGCUGACUUUGAUAUGUGAUGUAAAGAGCAUGGAGGACACAGUGAGAGAAAUGAAAUACGACUGUGUGAAGGCUCCUCUAGGAAAGUUGACCAGCGAGCAGAUCAAGGCAGGCUACUCUGCUCUGAAGAUCAUUGACACCUGUAUAGAGAAGGGUGACUUUGGCAGAAAACUCACAGAUGCCUGCAGUGAUUUCUACACUAGAAUUCCACAUGAUUUUGGAAUGAAAACACCCCCUGUGAUCAGAGAUAAGGAGACACUCAAAAUGAAGUUACAGCUCCUAGAGUCUCUAGAAGACAUUGAGAUUGCUAUGAAGACGCUGAAGGCUGGAGACUACUCGGAGAACCCAGUAGACAGACAUUACCAUGCUCUCAAGUGUGAAAUGAAACCAAUGGAGAAAUCAUCAGCAGAUUUCAAGAUGAUAAAUGAGUAUCUCCAGAACACCCAUGCAGCUACACACAACCAAUAUAAAAUGCAAAUAGAAGAUGUUUUCGAAUUAGAAAAAGAAAAUGAAGCAGAACAAUUCAUAGACCAUAGCAACAAGAUGCUGUUGUGGCAUGGGUCUCGGCUGACAAACUGGGUGGGGAUCCUGUCCAAAGGUCUGAGGAUAGCUCCCCCAGAGGCACCUGUUACUGGGUAUAUGUUUGGAAAGGGAGUCUAUUUUGCGGAUAUGUCGAGCAAAAGUGCCAACUACUGCUUUGCAACACGUUCCAAAAAUGUGGGCUUAUUGUUAUUGUGUGAGGUAUCCUUGGGAACCACUAAUGACCUACUUGCAGCAGACUACAAGGCCGACAAGUUACCAGCUGGAAAACACAGUGUGAGAGGGUUGGGGGCAGUGGCACCUGACCCCACCAAAAAUAAAAUACUGCCUGAUGGAACCAUUGUUCCUCUGGGAAAAAGUAAAAAUACUAAUGUGAAAAACCCCAGUGGAUAUACCCUCAACUACAACGAGUUUAUUGUGUAUGAUACGAAACAAAUCAAAAUGAAAUAUCUGGUGAAAACAAAAUUUAACUUCAAGUGAAGAGAAAAUGACAGCACAUAGGGGGCCAGGAAUUACUAGAAAACAAUUAGGCUAAUGGAUUCCAUCUUCCCAAGUCUAUUGGUUUAGAUUUUCACCUGAUCAAAAACUCUGACUUUGGAAGAUGAUAGAUUCAAAGUGAGGUUGAAUGAACAAGACAUUUCUGUUUGAUAGUAUGGUAGGUUGUGUAUUUGGUAAAGAAUUCAAUCGUGUUUACAUGAUCUCCACAUUCAUAAUAAUCAUGUUGUCAGUAUUGUAUUUUUAAGACAAGUUUACUGAACUGAGUAUAUACAUAUGUAGACUUGUACUAGGUUUUUUUGUGUCAGCUUGUUCAACAGUGCAAAAUGCAAAAUGUGACGACUUUUAAUGCCCCAGUAGUUAUUUGUAUUGUUUUUGUUGGUAGUUUUUGCUAAACAGUAAGAAAAGUUAUCAUGUUUAUGUGUAAGGACUAGUUAUUGUUUCUGUUACUAUAGUUACAAUUUGUUAUAGUGUCAGUUGUGUCCACAAACUUCUGUUUUAAAAGUAAUUGAAACCAAUUCGCAAUAAAAUUAUUAAUACUCAUUUGAAUUCAUUGCU